AUGGCACAUAAAAUCCUCUCUUUGCUAAUCAUCUUUCUGGCCAUUUUUGGCUUAAACCCGACCGUUGAAUGUGGUUCUCGAGCCCGAGCAUACGUCGAGCACCAAUGCCGUUCAACGAUUUACACUGAACUAUGCAUCCGUACCCUCCUACCCUUUGUCAGCAAAACAAACGCACCCGGGCCUGAACAACUGGCCAGGAUUUCGCUAACCACAUGUCUAGUCAAAGCCCGACUCACAAAGUCCUACGUGAAUAUGGUAGCGAAAGAUUUCAACAAAACAAAGAUUAAUGCGGGAUACUAUGAAGCGAUGACGGAUUGUUUGUCUCAGAUCAACGAUGGAGUGAGCCAGAUAACACAAUCGGUUAAGGAGCAACAACGAAUGGUGCUUGAUGGGGAGAAACACUUUACGUGGCACCAGAGUAACGUACAGACGUGGGUUAGCACGGCGUUGACGGAUGUGACGACAUGUCUCGAUCGGAUAUCAGAUAAAGCAAUCAGUGGGAAGGAAAAGGGGAUGAUUAAAGCACGGGUUUUGAACGUUAAGCAUCUUGCCAGUAACGCACUUGCGUUGUUUAACCGGUUCACGACACGACACCGUGGAUCUCGUGUGAUCAGGACUCCCUAAACUAAGUGUUCGUUCUAAGUCUCGAUUUGUUGUGUUAAGAAUAAUUGUUCGUUCUUUCUUUGAAUUUUUCUUGUUCACGGGUCACGAUACAUGUUUUUGAUGAUGAAAUAUCAUUUAUC